CCCGGUGGAACGCAGUAUAUGAAGUGAGGGAGACCAGUGCUCGGCAUCUCAUCUGCUGCAUCAUUUAAGAGGCUCGAAACAGAGCACCAUUCUUCGCAUCCAACUGCCUCCGCCUGAAUCCAACAGAAAACAAGAGCAUGUCUUGUGACGUGGUGGACGCCGCCAUGGGUCGACCGGUCGGUGGGAGCGAGUACACUUGGUGCAGAGCUGUUCCCGGCGGCACCGGCAUCGCCGUCCUGGCCUUCCUCCUCUCCAAGCCCCCUCUUCUCUCUCGCCUCCAAACUGCCCUUCACAAACUCCAAAAUACCCAUCCCAUCCUCAACUCCACCCUCCAUUUCAACCCUAACGCUUCAUCCUUCUCCUUCCUUACCUCUCCCGCCACUCCCUCCCUCGUCGUCCAAUCUUUUGAUCUUUCCGCCACUUCCACGCUCCUUGUUUCCGGCCAUGACUCCGCUGUUUCUCCCUUCCACCAAAUCCUCGAACACCACCUGAAUCACGACUCUUGGGGCCACCUCCAUCUCUCCCACACCAACGUUCCCGUCUUGUUUGCAAGCAUUUACGAGCUUCCCGACGAAACCUGGGCGGUUGUUCUUCGGCUUCAUGUCGCCGCCUGUGACCGGACGACGGCGGCCUCACUUCUGAGGGAGUUGCUUCCGCUGACGAUGGAGGAGGAUGAGGGAGGCGAAGGGAGGAAGAAGGAGUGCUCAGAGUUAUCAAUGGCGAUAGAGGAGCUGAUGCCUAGCGGGGAGGGGAAAAAAGGAGUGUGGGCACGUGGGAUGGACAUCCUUGCUUACUCUCUCAACUCUGUGAGGCUGACAAAUCUGAAAUUUGAGGACACGAAAAGCAGGAGGCGUUCGCAGGUGGUGAGAUUGCAGCUGAACAAGAACGAGACGGACAGAGUUUUAGCUGGAUGCAGGAAGAGGGGGAUAAAACUGUGCGGGGCUUUGACGGCAGCGGGAUUGAUGGCGGCACACGGCGGCAAGAAGAGUGGCAAGAAGUAUGGGGUGGUCACUCUUAUCGAUUGCCGUUCCAAUCUUCAUCCUCCACUCUCUUCUCGCGAUUUCGGGUUUUAUCACUCUGCCAUUCUCAACACCCACGAAAUGGAGGGAGGGGAAGACAGCCUGUGGGACGUGGCAGAACGAGCCUACGAAGCACUCUCAAACUCCAAGAAGAGCAACAAGCACUUGUCAGACAUGGCGGACCUGAACUUGCUGAUGCGGAAGGCCAUGGACAACCCCGGCCUGACGUCGUCGUCUUCCUUGAGAACAUCCAUCAUGUCGGUGUUUGAGGACACCGUGAUCGACAACGUCGACGAUGGCGGAGGCGAGAUGCAGCGAGAGGUGGGGUUGGAAGACUUCGUGGGGUGUGCCUCUGUUCAUGGGGUGGGCCCAUCCAUUGCCAUGUUCGACACCAUCAGGAACGGCCACUUGGACUGCGUCAGCGUGUACCCUUCGCCCUUGCACUCCAGACAACAAAUGCAACAGUUUGUUGCUUCCAUGAAGGCUAUCCUGAUCCAUGGUGGACAAUUAUGAAUGACUGUGUAUGGUCUGUUCUUCUUGAUUUGUGUGCUUACGUCCACGUAAGGCAAUCCUUGCGUCCACGGCCACGCAGCUUGUAGUGGUAGGUGAUCAUCGCGCUUGGAUCUCUGCCUGAUCAUGUCUCUCGAAAGUACAUACUAUUUGUUUGCACUAUAUUAAUUAGACGAGCAUUGUAUUUUACGAAUUCAUAGCUUCCCUUUUUAA